UUCUCACCCAGUCCUGACUGUGAGAGAUAACUUGUGCAGAGUUGCUGAUAUGAGCGAGACCGCAGCCGCCGAAGCGGCUCCUCCGCCCGCCCAAACCAAGGCUCCCAAGAAGAAGGCGGCGGCCGCCCGGAAAAAGACCGCCGGUCCCAAGCUGGGGGAACGGAUCGACAAGAUUGUUGCGGAUUGCCAGGAACGGCGAGGAAUGUCCCUGGUGGCGGUAUCGAAGGGACUGGCCGCCAGCGGUAUCGAUGUUGAAAAAUACCACAAGCUCAUCAAGGUGACCAUUAAGAGGAAAUUGGAAACCGGCUCCCUGGUUCAGACCAAGGGCAAGGGCGCCUCGGGCUCCUUCAAGGCCGCUGCGAAACAAGGCGCUGUGAAAAUGGCAAAGAAAGUCAAGAAACCAGCGUCCAAGGUUUCGAAGACCAAAAAUCCGAUCGCCAUAAAAACCCCGUCCAAGAAACCACCGACAACGAAAUUGUCCAAGAAACCACCGGCAAAGAAAUUGUCCAAGAAAACUGUAAACAAGAAAUCUCCCGCCAAGAGAGUUGGGGCCAAGAAACUAACACCUAAGAGACCGGUGGCUAUGAAAUCAGUGGCCAAGAAGGCGGCGCCCAAGAGCCCCAAGAAGGCCCCAGCAACAAAGGUGAAAGUGGUGAAGACGUCGAGAAAAGCACCGAAGCCGAAACCAGCGCCGAAAGUCCUGAAGAAAACGACAAGAAAAUGA